AUGGAUUUUGUUCGCCCUGCAAUUAAUACAGUUCCAACUGAAACUCAUGAAUACAUGAAUAAAUUCAUUAGAACAGAAAUUAAUAGACAAAAUGCAUUCAUCAAUGAUGGAAAAGCCCAAGUUGAAAAUUUUUUGGCAAAAUAUGAAGGUAAGAUCCCAUUAGAUCCUCUUUAUAAAGAUUAUAUUGAGCAGCUUGAACAAAAUAGUCUUGAAUUAGAACAAAAAAUCAAAGAUUUGGAAAGUGGAAAAGAACCAGAUUUCCAGUACAUAAAUUCUCUACUUUCAACGAUGACACAAGUAGCAACAGCCAGCCCUGAGAGCUACCAACAAUUACAAGGCAGAUUAGAAGAAAUUCAAAAUGAAACUGAUCGCAUUUACAACCAAGAAAUUCCUGCUCUUAUCAACGAAUACGAGCGCUUGAUUGCCAAAAACAGACGUUGA